CAAGAAAGCAGGGAAGCCCCCUGUGAAUUUGUCUAAGCCCUCGUUGGUUAUGCAGGGAGCGGAUGAGAGUCCAGAGGCAUUCCUUCAGAGGUUGAUUGAGGCUUAUGAGUUGUACACUCAAAUGGACCCGAGGGCUCCAGAGAAUGUAAGGAUGUUGAAUGAAAGAUUUAUUGCGCAAAGUGCAUUGGACAUUCGUAAGAAAUUGCAAAGGUUAGAGGGAGCAUUGGGAAAGAACACCACUGAAUUGGUGGAGGUGGCUAGAAAAGUGUAUGUUAAUAGAGAUAAGGUUGAGAAAAAGGACAAAGAUGACCGUAUGCAUAAGAAGACAGAAUUGUUGGCGUUGGCCUUACAGGGAGGAAGGGCAGGCUUAGGGCCAAAUCAAUGUGCCCAUUGUGGAUCUGAAGGUCAUUGGCAGAGAGAGUGUCCAAAGAGGUUAGCUCUCAGGGGACGUGGAGUGUUUAGAGGUCUGCCCGGGCGACGCCCGCUGGGCCGCAAUAUGGCAGGUCGGGGGAUGACUGGGCGAGGGAUGGUGACAGGCCAAGGGGGGCCACCCAGACCUCCAGGUCGUGGAUGGGGGUCGCAACCGACUCAGGGUCCAAAAGGAAGAGGGUUUAAUGCUCAAGUAGGUGCAGGAGUAGAGGGUAUUGGACUAGCCGGAGUUGGUUGGUCAGAUUGACGGGGACCUGGCUUGGAGCAGACUCCCCCCGAGCCAAUGGUUACUCUGAAUAUUGGGGGUCAACAGACUACCUUUUUAGUAGACACAGGGGCUGGACGGUCGGUGAUAAACAACCCAAUAACUACCCCUGGUCCAUACCAGAUUCAAGUACAAGGAGUGUCUGGACAAGUUGUAGGACGUCAAGUCUUAAAACCAGUCACCUGUACUUUUAAGGGGUCCGAAAUUCAACAUGAGUUCCUGUAUAUACCUGAAUGUCCUGUCCCAUUGUUAGGAAGGGAUUUGUUGAGCAAGCUGGGAGCUACUAUUUCCUUUGAUGAGGGAAAGCAGUAUCUCACUGUUAGCCACCGGCCGGAUGAAAUGUGGAGGUUGAUGGUGGUUAGGACUUCUGAGGAAGAAUGUUUGGACGUAUGGAGGGAAUUUGAUGUACCAGGACUAUGGGCUGAGGAUAACCCUCCGGGGUUUGCAGCACAUCACCCCCCUAUUAUUGUGGAAUUGAAGCCCCUGGCAACUCCUGUUCACAUUGGGCAACAACGACCCUAUUGGAGGGAAGCCAUCCUAUCAAUAUACGACUGUAUUCUAACAUACUUAGAUGCUGGAGUGUUGGUCCCUAUUCAAUCCCCAUGGAACACCCCAAUUCUGCCUAUCCUAAAACCAGACGGGUCUUUCAGACCAGUGCAAGAUUUGCGUGUGGUUAAUGAUAGGACAGUCACAAUUCACCCGUCUGUAUCUAAUCCAUAUACUCUACUCAGUCUCAUCCCACCUAAUGCUACAUGGUUUUCAGUGAUUGAUUUAAAAGAUGCCUUCUUUACUAUCCCCAUCCAUCCCGUUAGCCAGCCAUUGUUUGCUUUUGAAUGGGAAAAUCCGUAUACUGGAACCAGGAGCCAAUAUACCUGGACAAGGUUACCUCAGGGGUUCAAAAAUUCCCCAACUCUCUUCGGAACCGCGUUGGCCAAGGAUUUACAAUAUUUUAUCCCCUUCCAACAAGGAGAUUCGGUUUUACAAUAUGUGGAUGAUGUGCUGGUUACUGGACAGUCACGGGACGGUUGUUGGGAGAAUACGAGACGUAUGUUGUGUUUGUUGUUAGAUUGUGGAUAUCGGGCGUCCAGAAGUAAGGCUCAGUUAGUCCAACAAAAAGUCCGUUAUUUAGGCUAUGAUAUAAUGCAAGGGCAAAGAGCACUAGGCCCGGAGAGAAAGCAGGCGUUGCUUAAUCUGGCAAGGCCAACCGAUAGGAGACAAUUGAGAGGCUUUCUAGGCUUGGCAGGUUUUUGUAGAAUUUGGAUUCCAAAUUACGCACUAAUGGCAGCUCCACUGUAUUCGUCUACCAAGGGAAGUAAAACAGACCCCUUUAUUUGGACAAAGGAGCAGGAUCAGGCCUUUGAUGCAAUUAAGGAGGCUCUGUUAAGAGCUCCGGCCUUGGCCCUGCCAAAUCUGAGUAAGUCCUUCAAUUUGUAUGUGGAUACGCGUAAGAAUGUUGCUUUAGGAGUAUUGACUCAGCAGCUCGGCCAGUGGCAACAACCGGUUGCAUAUCUGUCAAAACAGCUAGAUGCUGUGGCGCAAGGGUGGCCGCAUUGUUUGAAAGCUUUAGCUGCCAUUGCGGAAUUGCUGCAAGAUUGUAAUAAACUCACUUUUUCCUGUCCAAUUAGGGUCCACACCCCACACUCUGUUCAAGCAAUUCUUGAUCAGAAGGGCCAUUUGUGGAUUAGUAACCAACGAAUCAUCAAAUACCAAGCCAUGAUGAUUGAAAACCCCCAGGUUCAUCUAGUGGUUUCUACCUCAUUAAAUCCUGCUACUCUCUUGCCUACAGAAACAGAGGUGGAGCAUGAUUGUGUACAAGUGUUGGAAACCGUUUAUUCCACACGACCCGAUUUAACUGACAUACCUUUGCCUCAGGUGGAUUAUAACUGGUAUACCGAUGGGUCUAGUUAUAUACACCAAGGGAUGAGAGUUGCAGGCUAUGCCAUUGUAGAUGAUGAGGGGGUAAUUGAAAGUGGACCGUUGGGAGCAGGAAAAAGUGCACAAGUAGCAGAAUUGUGGGCCCUCAUUCGGGCAUUGGAACGGGCUGAAGGUGAACGCUUGAAUGUAUGGACAGAUAGUAAAUACGCCUUUUUGACUUUGCAUGCUCAUGGGGCGGUGUACAAGGAAAGGGGCUUUAGGGAUUCAGCUGGCAAAUAUAUACAACAUAGCCAUUUAAUUCAGAGAUUGAUAAAUGCGGUUCAAAAACCAAAAAAGGUGGCAGUUAUGCAUUGUAGAGGUCAUCAACGGGGUGAUGAUAGAAUUGUUGUAGGGAACAGGACAGCAGACGCUGAAGCACGAGCUGCAGCAUUGCGUCAUGAGCCUCUACCAGACAUGUAUAUUAAUGUUGCCUUGGAUUUAGGGGUUAUACCAGUAGACAUCCAACCCUCCUAUUCUUUAUCUGAAUGUGAUAAGGCAGUCAACGAUUUGAUGGCGGUCAUCGAUAAGGGCUGGUAUGUUCUUCCGGAUGGAAGAAUAUAUGUGCCUUCUACAGUGGCAUGGCAAUUGGUUCGUUCCACUCAUGAAACCACCCAUAUGGGGAAAACAGCUUUGGAAUCCGCCCUUAUGAGGGAUUACUAUAUAGAUGGGUUAGCAGGGAUGGCGGUAAAAGUCGCAUCUUCCUGUGAAACGUGUGCUAAAGUUAAUCCUAGGCAAGGUCCUUCCCUUCCACCAGGAACUAUACCUAUUGCCUACUAUCCUAUGGACACAGUCAUGAUUGACUUUACUGAUAUGCCACGAAGUGGGUUUUAUCGGGCUAUGUUAGUUAUUGUGGAUUUAUACACGGGAUGGCCAGAGGCGUUCCCUACUAGAACGAAAAAGGCUCAGGAAGUAGCAAAGGUCUUACUUAAGGAAAUCAUUCCUCGAUUUGGCAACCCCUCCUUUAUUUCAUCAGACAAUGGCCCGGAGUUUGUCCAUCAUAUUAAUCGAGCCAUUGCACAAGCUAUAGGGGUAAAAUGGCGCUUCCAUUCUUCUUUCCACCCACAAUCUGGUUCUCCCGUGGAAAGGAUGAAUAGAACUUUAAAGGAAAAGAUAACCAAAAUUUGUGCUGAAACACACUUGAAGUGGCCCGAUGCUUUGCCCCUUGCAUUGUAUGCAAUUAGGAGUGCUCCCAGACGACAACAUAGACUCUCCCCAUAUGAGUUGAUGUUUGGUCGGCCUCCGACGUUGUUGCGACGUAAUUUGGCUGGAUGGCCUGAUUUGGGGCAUAAGGGGGGAGUUUGGGCCAUGGAAAUGGUGCAGGAACUGAAUAAACAGGUUGAAAAGUUGAGGAAUUAUGUAUUAGAACAGACCCCUCCCAGAUUGGUAACCAGAUGUCAUUCCUUCAAACCAGGGGACCGAGUAUGGGUAAAACAUUGGAAAAAGGAACAAUUAGAAGGGAGGUGGAAGGGACCUUAUGAGGUAAUUAUGACAUCUCCACUUGCUGUUAAGAUUGCGGAAUCUAAAACCUGGAUACAUUGGACUCGUGUAAAGAGGGCCGCUGACAAACAAUGGACCACACAUCCCAGCGACCAACCGUUGAAGUUGAAAUUGAUUCGUCAAUAAAGUCCAACUAUAUCCUUUGUUGUAUUGCCAUAGGUAUUGUGAUUCUUGCUUUCAUUGUGUGCAUUAUUUGUAUUGUGAAAUACGCCAACCCGACGGUCCAACAAUCAAUUGGCGGAACGGUGAGAGCGGUUGACUGGUGGCCAUUUGCUGGCGUCCCCUUCGCUAACGGACAAUUGCAUACAGACCACUCAGGGGAAAUCCAAGCCGAUCCUGCCCCUGAAGCAGAUCCCGCACCUGGAAGGGAAGACGGAGAGCCAGCGCAGCAUUCCCCCCGGCGAAUCUUCCAAAGGUCAGCAGUGGAGAACCCUUGCUAAGUCACUCCGGAAGCUGACUCUCUACGCACGGGUGAAGAAUAGUGGACCAGCAUACUAACCUUUAAUUAUUUUCAUCUUUUAUCAUCUUCACUAACCAUAUGUGCUGGUUUUGUACCUGUGAAUGUGGAUGUUGCUGCUGUGCCCACUGUAUUGAUUGUGUCCAGCACAGCUAUUGUAAUAUUAAGUGUGAUAUAGUGCUUAUAGAAGACGCGUUGGAACCCUAUCUCAUCACUGGAUCUGGCCCGGCAUACUACACACUUAAAGUAACCCCUACAGUUCAGCUUGCAUUACAGGAUCGGAGAGAUCACGACGUGUGCGAACAGGAUGCACGAAGGUAUACCGCUCGUUUGGUCUAUUACGCUCUUAGUGAUAUGGUUAUACGGUGUUGGGAGCAGAUGCAAUCUUGUUGAUGUGGGCAACUUAGGAUUGUGGAGCAACCCAGAGGAAAGACCCCAUAUUACACGAUCUUAUAAUGUCGGGUCCAGGGAAGGGGAGGGGACAACCCCCAUUAUGUUUUCUCCAAAUUGUUGGAAUGGAGUGCUACCGCACCCUUGCAAACUCCCAGACCUAUUUGAUAAGAUUGCCAGAAUUACCUGUCAGUCUCGAGGUUUUUCCAACCCAGAAGUAUGCCCGUAUGUGGGAUAUCUAAUGCGAAAGGGAAUGUGUAUAAAAGCCCACCAAAAGGGGGGAGAACCACCUCUAGUUUUGGAUUGUGGAGACCCCCAUUAUUGGGGCUGGACCCGUAUUACUUCUCCAUCACAAUUGAAAUCGGGAUGGCAAGGGGCAUG